AUGGGCGAUGCGGAACAACACGGACUCAGGAUAUGCGUUGUUGGCGCAGGUGCCGCGGGUCUCGCUGUCCUGAAAAUAAUUAAGGACUCUAAAGAGUAUAAACGUGGUAAUUUGGUGAUUGAUUCAUUUGAAGAACGUGAUGAUAUCGGCGGAACAUGGCUUCCUGCUCCUGCGGCAGACAAGGAUAUCCCUCCACCUACUCCGAUGUACGAUUCUAUAAUCACCAAUCUUCCGCACCCAAUAAUGUGCUACCCAAGCUUCUGGUUCCCACCAUCUACACCCCUAUUUCCCAAAGCUGAGAUUGUAGAAGACUAUCUGCGGGCAUAUGCAAAGGAAUUCGACUUAAUGCGACAUGUACAUCUAAAGUGCAUUGUCGUAUCUGCACGCUGGUCGGGCACUCGCUGGAUCGUGGGCGUCCGAACAGCAUCCGGUUCUAAGCACGAAUCUGAAUACGAUAAGCUUGUCAUUGCCAACGGGCAUUAUCGCGUUCCAUACUUUCCAAGUAUUCCAGGGCUCAACUCCUGGCGAUCUGCUGGGCGAAUCACACAUUCUGCGUGGUAUCGGCAUCCUUUCUCUAUUGGUGAUAAGGUGCUCGUCAUCGGUGGUGGAUACAGUGGCAUUGAUAUUGCGGAAGAGAUGAGCACAGUUUGCAAACGUCUCAUUCACGCUGCACCUCACUCUAUCGCGGAAUCACACGGGAACAUCACUGUUUACUCUUCGCGCGUGAUGAGGUUGUCCAACCUUUCGGAGACCAGACAUAAUUUCGUCGUGGACGGGGAUACAGCAAAUCCGCUAGACGCAACCACAGAUCGUGUACGUUCCGACUCACGGGCCGUAUACUUCGAGGACGGGUCAGUCGAAACAGACAUAGACCAUAUCUUACUUGCAACAGGCUACGUUCUUUCAUUCCCAUUCGUCAAAACCCCUGAUCUUCCAAUAAACCCGAACCCGCCGCAUUUUCCGUUCUCACCCGCUGAGUCACUCCCGGAGCAUUUGCACAAUGGUGGACACUGGCUCUUUCCACUCGCACGUUUCCUCUUCCCCUUAACAAAUGACUUUCCACCAACCGCAGUGGCUUUCGUCGGUCUCCCAGUCCGCGUUGCACCCUUUCCCAUUUUCGAGGCACAAGCGCAUGCAAUUGUCCAUGCUUUCGCGGAUCCAGCUUCGUUAGACGUUUCAGCGGAAACACAAGAAAUCUAUUCCCGCAUUGCGAUAUUACGUGCUGAUCCAAAUAUCGGAGAUAGCGACAACUCUCUUGCACAUGCAUGGCAUACAUUCAGAGGCCGCGAGCAGUUCGACUAUCGCGACGCAUUGCACGACUUCGCCGGACUUACCGGAGACGAAUGGCGGGUUCCCGAGUGGACGGUCGAAGCCUAUGCAAAUAUGAAUGAACUCAGAAAAUUGUGGAAGGAGAUCGUAGCGGCUGGUGAAGCGGAUGAUUGGGUGAGAGGAGUUGGUGAGGGAGGGGAGGAAGAAUGGGUGGAAGUCAUGAAGAAGCUGUUAGAAAUGGCGAAGAAGCGUACCCGUGACAAGGCGCAACAGGAGAUAGAGCUUGAAAAAGUUGUCUAGAGAGCAUCUGUGCC